AUGGGCGCCAGUGGAGUUUGCGUACCUGGUCCCUCCAAUCGGCCCUCCUGUUCCUGCGCUUUCCCCUCCUCUUCCCCCCAGCCGCCAACGGAGACGAUCUCUACGUCUAUCACGCAGACAGUGAACGGUUCCCACCAGUUCAAGAUAACGGGGUACUCUCUCUCGAAGGGCCUUGGCAUCGGCAAGUACGUGGCUUCUGACACAUUCCAGGUUGGCGGGUAUUCGUGGGCGAUCUACUUCUACCCGGACGGCAAGAGCCCCGAGGAUAAUGCGUCGUAUGUGUCCUUGUUCAUCGCUCUGGCUAGCGAGGGAACAGACGUGAGGGCUCUCUUCGAGCUCACGCUGAUGGAUCAGAGCGGCAGGGAACGUCACAAGGUUCACAGCCAUUUUGGGAGGACCCUCGAAGGAGGGCCUUACACUCUCAAAUACCGUGGCAGCAUGUGGUGAGCUUAAUAUGUUUCCAAAUACAAAUAGCUUAUUAGCGACAGCUUCUCUGUUUUCCCCAACACAACCGCAUUUAAAAACUACUGGGUAUUUAUAAAUUUUGACAUGUGGGACGUUUGGAUGAAAUUUUUACGUGCGAAUGUCGUAUUUUCAUGUGGUUUGGAUGCGUACGGAAUUUCACAUCUUUUAUAACGAGUUUUGAUUGUAGUCUGUGAUCAACUAGUGGCUGCAUUUCAAUAUUUAUGCAUGGAAAGGUGAUGAUUAUUGAUGUAACUAUUGGCGUUGUUUUCAAUAGUUGAGACGUAGGUUUUAGCAUCUUGGAUGGCGAAUGAAUUGGUUCAACUUUUUAUUCACUUGGUUGUAUUGCAUAGCCUACGAUUGUCAGAUCAUAACUUUCUCAGUCGUAGGGUCUUGGUCUUAGAUCUUGUGAGGCGGAACGAGAGUAAAGCCAGCCCUCUUUCCAUUCUUCGGAUUAAACCCUGGGACAUCGAACUGGAGUCACAGUCUCGUUUCCGUCCAUAGAUUGGUAAGCAAGCCAACCAGACCGACUUGCUUAGUGCAUUUUGUGAGCCAAAGACAGCUUUUUGCCUGGGCUGGAUGGAGCCUACGAAUCACAUCGUGACAGCUUGGUCUCUGGUUUCCAAAACGAUUUUGGUCGGAUGGACCGAACAAACAGUUCACUAUUUGUGGCAAUCUUUAAGACAUGAUACUAUUUUUGUCGGUCAUGAGCUUAUACCUUUUAGGUAGCGAUCUUGCACAAAGAUACUCAUGUUUCAGAUUUCACCCAUCAAACGUCAGUUUCAAGUGAGCUGCACUAUGUUGCCCCAUGAUUCAAUGUAUAAUAUUCAACUUUCCCUUUUAAUUGACCUUCCGUUGCAAUCCUUUGCUUUCAUGUUUGUAAAGUUCUUUCAGGGUUACUAGUGCAUGAGGCAUAUGAAGCGGCGCAUGUGUUUAGUUGACAUGAUCCGUAUCUUAGUAACUAGAAAUAUUAAACUUACUGCUAUGAAGCGGGUGGUCAACUUUUAACGAUGAUAAAACUUUUUCUCAGUUUAUCAAGUUUAUCCGUAUCAAGUUUUUCUAAUUGAUUGUGUAAAGUAUAAGUUGAAUCAUGGAUAAAACUGAAUAAUCCGACGUAUCACUGGAAAUCUAACUUCUGUGAAUUCUCUGUCACUGUGUUUUGGAAUUAGUACCGGUGGAUUUUAGGUUGUCAGGCUUCUGUUUGGUGUUCUCAUAUCCCAUCUAGUUGCUCUUUUAUGAUGAGCGUUUUACUGUUAUUUCAUUCCUUUUUACUGCUAUCUCUAUUUAAAGGAUGGAAUAGGUUUAACUCAUGAAACAUAAAGGUCAGUAUUUUUAUUACUGACCAUGUGUUUGACUUGAAUUUUUCAGGGGUUAUAAACGUUUCUUCAAAAGAACCGCUUUAGAGACGUCAGAUUACCUCAAAGAUGAUUGUCUCCUAGUUCAUUGUAGCGUUGGUGUUGUUAGAUCACACACAGAAGGACCGAAAGUUUAUUCCAUACCAGUGCCAUCGUCCAAUAUUGGGCAGCAUUUUGGGAAGUUUCUAGAUAGUGGUAUUGCAACAGAUGUAUGUUUUGAUGUUGAUGGUGAUAUUUUUUAUGCCCAUAAGUUGGUGCUUGCGACUCGAUCACCUGUGUUCAGGGCACAGCUUUUUGGUCCUAUGAAGGAUCAAAACACAGGUUGUAUAAAAGUUGAGGAUAUAGAAGCUCCAGUUUUCAAGGUACUUGACCCCGUUCUCUCUGAAAAUUUCAUGCAAGUUGCAACUGCUAUUUUUUUUAUCUUUUUGUACAUUUUUUUCCCGCAGAUAUACUAGCCACCAGUAGAAUAGGUAGUUCCCCCUGCCACUAUUGGAAGUAGGUUUUUGAGCUUCAGGUCAAGUUUCAACAAAGAAAAUGGUGAUUUGCUUACCCUGAAUUAGUCUUAUGUGUGUCUCUUACUGACCUACCGGCUCUUACAGAAAUCUCUUUUGGUGGUUUGUUUGAUGGAGCAUGUCCUCUUUUGUGUCAGUUAGACUACAACGGAGCUUGGAUGGUGACCCUCUGAUUAACAGAGAAUCCCUUUCUCCCUUCAUGUUCUACAGCCUCCUGGCCCUCUACUACACCAACUUUGAACACAAUCUCAUCUGGUGCUUCCUCUGCAUCCACCAUCUCAUCGAUUUCUCUCUUCUUCCUUUCCUUCUCGCACCAUUCUUCUUCUUCUACUUCUUUUGCUUCUCCUUAUUGAGUAAUACAUGACCUUUUAUGAUCCCAGCCCCAUCCACCCCCAUCUAAUACAAGUGCAUUUUCGAUACUGUCUUCCUAUUCUGGUUCAUUAGCCCAGGCUUCUUAUUGUCAGUUCCAGCAAUAUCAGCUCCUUCCCAGCUUUCAUUUCGGACUUAGGAUGGUGGACACUACUGCUUCUGCUACCCAGCUCUUCUGUAGCCUACCCUACUGUUGAAGCUGUUAAGUCUGCUUGAGCUGGGGCAUCUUGUGCUGCAGCUACUUCUGCUUCCUCAGAGACCUCCUUAUUUGCUUCAAAAGCCUCAUUUUCUGCAGCUUUUGCUUAGCCUUCACUUAUUCUGGAAUAACUAUGGCAUCCUAUGCUACUGGGUGGCCGUUGCUUCAUGCUCCUCUGCUAAAGAUCUACUACAUUAGCCACUGCCUCUUACCAUAUGCCCAACUACUCCUAUGACUAGCCUGAUGUGGGACAUCCCUUAUCACAGAUUGUUAUGUGCGAAAAAAAUCUGUCUCUUCUAUGAGAGUUUUCUUCUUCGAAAAACAACGAGGGGAAAUUCUACUACAGCUCUGAUCUCAACUCUUACGCAUCAGCUUCACUGUUGCAGUUAGCUUCAACUUCUGUCCCAGUAUAUAUUCCUUUUUUGUCUGUUGCUUACCAAGUGACAAUCUUCGGUGUCUUAGAUAUAAUGCUAGAGCGGAUAUUGAUGUAUAUGUUCCAGGUUGAAGUGGAGUGUCAGGGAGUCUGUAAGAACAUGGAUGUAAUAUUCUCACCGUCGUAGUGUGUUAGUGAGUCAUUCAGAAUAUGGUUUCACUCGGAUGGCCCCUACUAGGUCUCAUAGUAUAACCUCCAAUCUGCCACAGUAUUAAUACUCUGAUGGGUCAGGAAGGCACUACAGAGUCUAUUCUCAAACAAGUGACCCACACGUCUCCAGAGUCUAUUCUCAAACACUACAUUAUUAGUGUCAUUUCGUUAAUUUGAACCCACGUAGGAGGUCAACAUGCCUUUAAACCCCCAUUUUCUCUUAAUAGGGCCGAAUUUACUUCUUUCUAUGCCCAUAUUGAACUAAGCUAUAAUCCCCAUGAAAAUUUUACGUUCACCAGCUAUUGCAAGAGUUGUUAAAAUCGCUUAAUGUUCUGACCAAAGGAUGUACUGCUCUACUAAGACCCCCUUUUUAUUGUUCAUUAUUUGGGGUUUUUUUUUUUUAGUUUUGGGCUUGAUAGUCUUUGUUUCCCUUUUGAGGUUCGUGUAAAGAGGAUUUUCAAAUUUUCCAUGUAUUAAGACAGAAAAAAUGCUGUUAAUUACAUCUUUUACCAACUUCCUUUUGACUGGAUAUUCCUAGGUUAUCUGUGCUGUCAAGUGAGACCUCUGUGAUGUUAAGUAAUCCUUAAAUUCUUCUAUUUGCAGGCUUUAGUCCAUUUCAUAUACUGGGAUUCCUUACCUAACAUGGAAGAGCUGACUGGUUUGAGUGCAAAGUGGGCUUCCACAAUGAUGGCUCAGCACUUGCUUGCAGCCGCAGACAGAUAUGCUUUAGAGAGACUAAGGUUACUCUGUGAGGCCAAAUUAUGUGAGGAUGUUGCCAUUAACACUGUGGCAACCACUUUGGCUUUGGCAGAGCAACAUCAUUGUUUUCAGCUCAAAACAGUGUGCCUCAAAUUUGUGGCCUUGCCUGAAAAUUUAAGAGGUAACCCAUUAUUCUACAGUAUAUAACUACAGGAACCCAGAACAUAGUUUAAAUUAUUUUAGUAGCAAUAACAUUUUGGUAAGAUUUAGAAUAAUGGAAAUGAAGAUGAUUGUUUAUCAGCCUACUUACCUCAUUUGUUGCUACGUUAUUUUUCAUCAUUGAUUUCUCCGAAUUUCAUUCUUUGUAAGUUUACAUUGUUGAAACAUUUCUUCCUAUGGUUUUAGGUAAUUUCUACGGAGAAUAAUAUGCCACUGACACUAUAUUCACCUUCUUGGCAGAGAUGGCUUAUCAUAACGCUAGUGAAUUUUCCUCUUCUCACCUGCUAGUGAAUUCUCCUUGCUCUAUCAUCCAUUAUUGAAUUCGAUAAAUGUUAAUCAAGCGUUGUGUGGCCCCAUCAUGAAGAAAGAAAUUAUUUUCCAUGAAAAGGUUCUAUACUUCGAUAGGAAAUGGUAGAUAGGUAAGAAGAGGCUAAACUAAAGUCUUACCUUUGUCAUGCAUGAGUUGCAAACUGGACAGACCUAAGAUCGUUGGUGAUCUCCAUUCAGCUGGACAACAACCACAAAUAUGGAUAUUUAGUUAAUGAUGUCUUGUAAAUCUCUGAAAUCCAGCUGAAAUAUUCUCUGUUAUUACUCUCUUUCUUAAUUGUGCCCCACUUUCAGCUUUAGAUGAACCUUCAAUCCAAAUCGGUUGGCAAAGGACAGAAUAUAAAUCAAUGGGAGAAGUUAUAUCUGUAAAUUAAUCACAUGGAAUCAGAAUUCUGCCAAACAUUGUCUUCCAUACUUAACUAGUAUUGCUACAUCCCAACCCAUAAUUCCUUUCUUCCACCCCUAUAAAUUCUGAUAGGAGAGCUCUUUUAUUGAUUAGAUUGCGUGAAGAAAAAUGAUUCUUUUUGGGAAAUUCAUUAGUCUACUCCAUGACUACCAUGAUCAACAGUAAUAUCCCAAAACGAUUGCUUAUAUGACAUAAUGUUCGAGCAAGGGAAGCAAUGCAAAUCUCUCCUCCUUUUUUCUCGGAGUCCGAGGCCAUCAAGCUCUAGUUAGACAAAAGUUAUUUCUUUAACAGCUAGAAAACAGCUAGCGUUUCUAGCUUUUUCUCUUGACAUUUCGGUCAAAAUAGCCAUUGAAAGUCUGCUGGUGUUGACACUUUAAAGUUAAGUGUCAACGCUUCAGUCUUGAUCCCAAAACAGAUCUAUAUGAGUGCCAACACUUCAAGAUCAUGGCACUUCACUCCCCACAGGUGUUGACUGCUUGAGGUCUGGUGUUGACCUCUUCCAAGGGUAUUGUCACUCACUGCUCAAGUGCAGACCACCCUUCCCUUGAGAAAAUGACUUUGCUAUUUUUCACUCUGGUGUCGAACACUUGCAUGUUAGGUCAACGCUUCGUUCUUCACUCCAUGCUCUAUUCCUCAGAGUCGAUACCAAAAUCAAUGAUUCAUAGAUGUGGAACCUGAACCCCUGGGUUCUAGGCGUUGACCUCCUCUAAGUUAAAUAGUUUCAUUAAUUUGCAUAAUACCCAGUUAUUAUGACAUAUAUGGGCAUAAGUAGAUUUCAACCAUGAAUAAUCACAAUUUAUAAAAGGAUAUAUAUAUUUUCUAGAAGUGACUAGAUCGUUCUAGUGUUAUAUUUUAUGGUCUUUUGUUUGAUCGUGUAUCUGGGUUAUGCCUAAUCUUUAGUUUGAUUUUCUCUCUCUGCAGCGGUCAUGCAGUCCGAUGGGUUCGAGCAUUUGAAGAUCAGCUGCCCAUCUCUGUUGACUGAAAUCCUCGAAUACGUGGCGAAGGUCAGCGAGCACUCUGUAAUCGCCUCCUGUUCGUACCCGAAUGAGGUGCUUGAUGGGAGCGACGCUAAUGGGAGACGAGUGAAGCAACGGAUACUAUAA